GCCUAUGGAAGUUCACACUUCAGGAAACGUUGAGGAAAACACAGAAUUUGAGUAUGUAGGCUACGUAAACAAUAGGAAGAUGGAUAAAGGAAGGGUACUAGAAAGAACCUCAAGUCUGCUUCAAACUAAAUCCUUUAGCGACGUCACUUUCAUAGUGGGACCGUCGACGUCAUCUAAAAAAUACGUUGGUCAUAAAGUGCUCCUUGCAAUGGCCAGUCCUGUAUUUGAGGCUAUGUUUUGUGGAGACAUGGCGGACAAAGCUAAAGUCAUCCGUGUUUCUGACGUAGCACCAAUCGGCUUCGAGAACUUGCUCAGGUAUGCCUACACAGACGCCCUAAACCUCCAAUCCGUGGAGGACGCCAUCUUGACAGCGACUGCUGCUAAAAAAUAUCUUCUUCCUCAUCUACUUCGGGAAUGUUUCGCCUACAUUGAACGAAACGUUACACCACAAAGCGUUUGCCAGGUCUUGGAGUUCGCCAAUACGAUGGAAGCCCAUCACUUGGUUUACAAAUGUCUUAACAUUAUCGAUCGACAGACGUACCACGUGAUUACGUCUCCAGGUUUCUCUGAAGUCAGUUUGUCCGUUUUGGAAACCAUUGUGCACAGAAGACACCUCAAUCUGAACAGCGAAUAUCCCCUAUACAAUGCCACAUGCACGUGGGCAAGAGAGGAGUGCAAAAGAAGGUCAGUAGAAGCUGAUGUAGACAACAUUCGCAAUAUAUUGAACUCAAUUCUGCCCUACAUCCGGUUCCUUGCUAUGACGCCAGAAGAAUUCUGUAAAGGUCCAGCCAAGUCGGGACUCCUUUCCAAGGACGAAUGUCUCGGAGUAUUUAUGAACCUCGCCAUUAGUGGAAUAGUAACAGUACCGUUAGGAAUUAAUACAGAAACUUCAAAACGCACGAGUCCUCCAGAGUUCUUUGUUUGUUGUCUUUACAAAGCCUUAUCCUACCACACCCCAGUUCGACCACUGCGAAUCUUUGGCGUAACCUUCAGAGUUACCAACACGGAGGUUUUUGUGGUAGGUUUGGGGCUCCCUGUCCGUCUGGACGUGAGUUGUUACUCCGUCAGGCAGCCUAAGGUCGAGGGUUUACUGCGUUGCACGUAUGGAUUACACGAGGACCGACCUGACAGAGAGGAGGUGACUGUAAACUUUGUCCUGUCCAAAGGCAAGAACGUGAAAAUUAUGUUCGAUAAACCCCUUUUUGUCCAUAAAGGUAUCCAGUACAAAAUUCAGCUGAAGACGUCAGCACCUCUGACGGAAGACGCCGUUGCGCCCAUCAUUCGAGACCGGAAGCUGGAUGUAAGGGUAGAAGGUGUCAACUUUCAAUUGUUGCCUUUCCAGGAGGAACAUUACCCCCGAAAACCAGAGGCCAUGGAGUUUUCAGAGAUCUUCUUCUAUGUCUGA